ACAAAUAUUCGUUACACACAGAAUAAGUUGCAGAUAUAAUCAUAUGAUAUAUGAUAUGUUAUAUGAUUACCAUCAUAUCAAAACUGACGUGUACGUAUGAUCAAGCAAGUAACGCUCCUUCUAAGAACCGUGUAUACGCUACGAAUGCGUGGACUGUAAUGAAGAACGCGAAGACACGUACUGCUCGGAAAAAUCAAUUGCGCUUGCGCGGACUUUAGUCAAGACAUCAUGCAAUGACUAUUUUUCUGUGAAAAAUAAAUAUCCGUUGUACGUACGGCGCCAAAUCGAUCGGUUAAUCGCCCACUUUUCUCUCCCUCGCAAAUUGCGAGCAAAUUAUUUCUAUAGCACCGUAUAUUACAUCUUGAUAUUUUAUGUUACUUUCAUCGGUAUAUUUAUGUUAAAUUAAGGAAUUUUACCUUCAAAAAUACGCUAGAAGAAAAAUAUAUAAUAUUCUUUAUUCGAAGAAAGAAAUAGCUAAAAUCGCUUUAACGCGAUAUAUCGCUGCCAAAUGCCUGUGGAAGCUCGAACAAGAGUGAUCUAUGUGAGAUAUGGAUACUCAAUUUUUUUACAUUCAUCGACUAUCUCUGGCCGCAAUUGGGUUAUGGCCUUACCAUCGAACAAUGCUUGUUCACCUUCAGUCUUCUGUGUUUUCUCUUACUUUGAUUAGCUUUAUUAUAUUUCAGCUUACAACACUUCUAACUACAGAAUGGACUAUUGACUUUAUUGUUGAAAUUCUUUCUACGUCACUUUUUGUUCUUCUCUGUGCAAUUAUUUAUAAUGCUUUUUGGAUUAAGACGCAUGUUAUGAAGCGUAUAUUGACCAAGUUUCAGUACAUCUGUAGCGACUUAAAGGACGAAAACGAAAUUGCUAUAAUAAAAAGAUAUGGAUACAGUGCAAAAUGUGUUGCAAUUGGAUUCACAUUGUUGACGAUAGGCGCUUUCUUCAUCUUAUCUCUUUUGCCACUUCUGCCGCGGCUUUUCGACAUCUUUUACCUCGUAAAUAAAUCCGAGCCAUAUCGCAAUAUAUAUAUGAGAACUGAAUAUUUUGUUGAUCAAGAAAAAUAUUUUUAUUUUACUUUGCUGCAUCUGUAUGCAGUUCUGUACAUAGAAUGUGGUGUAUUAUUAGGAGGAGCAAUAGUGAUGACAGGAUACGGUACAUAUUCUUGUGGAUUAUUUAACAUUGCAAGUUACCGUAUCGAACAGGCAAUGCGGAUAAGUAGUGACGAAGUAACUAAUCGGAAGAACAAGAAGAAGAUCGACAGGAACAUAAGUCAUGCAGUGAACAUUCAUCACACAGCUCUUGAGUUUAUUACAUUCUAUAUACAUAACUUCGAGGGACCAUGUUUUGUUAUAAUAGCGAUUAUUGUAAUUUCUUUGAGCCUCAAUCUGUUUGGAGAUUUGGAUCUGCAGAAAAAUAGACGUAGGCGAUCCAAAAAGUAAUGAGACUGGUCCUGCUAGAUAAAUAAAAAACGCGCAAAGUGGCAGCACUGCAUAUCUACAUUUAGCUCAACAUCUUUUCUAUCAACUUGACUGAUUGACUGGUAACAAAAAAGGUUUAUAGUUUCCGGAGUAUUUUAGAAGUAUGCUAAAGCGAUCUAAAGUGUUGUUUUAUGCGAACAUCUUUUUAUUUGGAAAUACCACGCAAGAAUUCUAAAUGUGUCUUUUCUCGUCUCUGACGACAUAAUUCAACAUGGCCGCAGUGACUACUUAGGAGCCUUAAAGCAAAUGUUGUAUCGCUUCAGAAGAAACGUCCAAAUAAAAAAUUGCAGAAAUUCUAUUGCACCACGACAAUGCGUGGUUCCAUGUCGCGCAAUCUGUGUGCCAGUUUUUUUAAAGAAUAAGAAGAUAAAUAUAGUUUCUCUUCUUUCGUCUUUCGCACAGCCCCUAGGUUUGGGUGUGACGUCUAGUGUUCUCAAAAGUUAAGAAGGAGAGGAUCAAAACUUGACGAGACUGAAGCGGUUGUAAAAGCAAUGAAGGCACAGCAAAUAGCUUUUCAAAGAUGAACUAGAUUUCGUCAUCCAAAUGUGGAUAACUUUUAGCGCUGGGAAAAGUGUGUUGCAUUUAAUGACUAUUUUGAAAAGAAAUAAUGUGAAUUUAGAUUAAAAAUACAGUUUCGUAUUUUUUAUAGCA